AUGGGCGACGCGGCGGAACCGGGCCAGUGCGACGCCGUGCUGUUGGCGCCGCUCACUGAAGAUACCUUCCUGCACAACUUGCACGUGCGCUACAAGCAGGAUGUCAUCUAUACGUGGGUGGGCAACGCACUCGUGUCGGUGAACCCGUGCCGCGCGCUGCCGCUCUACUCGGCGGAGCUGGUGCGCGCCUACCUCGCCCGGCCGCCGUACACGCUGCCGCCGCACGUGUACGCGGUGGCGGCCGCGGCGUACCGCUGGGUGCGCGACAGGAGCGAGAGCCAGUGCAUCGUCAUCACGGGCGAGAGCGGCGCGGGCAAGACGGAGGCGGCGCGCGUGUGCCUGCAGUGCUGCGUGCUGGCGGGCGGCGCGGGCGGCGCGGGCGGCGCGCUCACGGCCGCCGGCACGCUGCUCGAGGCCUUCGGCAACGCCGCCACCGCGCUCAACCACAACGCCAGCCGAUUCGGCAAGCUGCUCGACGUGGAGCUGGACUUCAAGGGCGAGCCCGUCGGCGGCCACAUCACGCACUUCUUUUUAGAGCGCGCGAGCGGCGCGGGGGUGGCGGGCGGCGAGCGCAACUUCCACGUGCUGUACCAGCUGCUGGCCGGCGCCGACGUGGCGCUGCUCAAGCGGCUGCGGCUGCAGCGCGCGUGGGAGCAGUACCGCGUGCUGCGCGGCGCGCGCGAGUCGGGCGGGGCGUCCCCGCGCCGCGGCUCGCCGGCGCCGCCGCUGCAGCCCGACCCGCGCGCCGUCUCCGCCGACAAGGACCACUUCGCGUUCACCAAGGCGGCGAUGUGCGCGCUGGGCUUCGGCGGGGGCGAACGCUCCAGCCUGCUGCGACUGUUGGCCUUCCUGCUCAAGCUGGGCAACGUGGAGUUCGAGCCCGCGCACCUCAUCGACGGCGAGCUGGGCGCGAGGCUGCUGCACCGGCACGGUGAGACGGGGCCGGCGCGGGCGCGGCGGGGGGCGAGGCGGGGGCAGCUGGAGGAGGCGUGCGCGCUGGUGGGCGUGGCGGCGGACGAACUGGCGGCCGCGCUGGGCGCCGCGCCGGACGGGCCCGCGCCCGCGCCCGGCGACAGCGGGUCGGAGCGCGAGUCGGAGUCGGACUGGGGCGCGGAGGGCGACGCCGACGCCGAGGCCGCGGCCGAGUGGUGCCGCGCGCGCCGCGACCGGCUGCUGGCGGCGCUGUACGGGCGCCUGUUCACGUGGCUGGUGACGGGCGUGAACGCGCGGCUGCGCGCGGGCCGCGACGCGCGCACGCUGCCGCUCAGCAUCCUGGACGUGUACGGGCUGGAGGCGCUGGCGCACAACGCGCUGGAGCGCCUGCUGGUGAACUACGCGGCCGAG